UAGCUUUAUUUGUAAUAGCCCAUACUGGAAACAAUGCAUUCCAUACUAUGGAAUAUUACUUGGUAAUGAAAAUAAUUGGUAAUAAAAAAAAAUGAGCUAUUUAUACAUGCAACAACCUGGAUGGGGCUCAAGGGCAUUAUGUUGAGUGAAACAGCCAGUCUCAGAAGGUCACAUACUGUAUAAUUCCAUUUGUAUAAUAUUCUUAACAAGAUACAAUUAUAGAGAAGAGAUUAAUGGUUGCCAGGGGCAAAGGUGGGGAAGAGGGUGUGACUCUACAGGGCUAACAUAAGGGGCUUCCUUGAGGGUGAUGGAACCGCUCUGUAUCCUGAUUGAGGUGGUCAUUACACGAAGAUUGCAUGUGAUAAAAUUUAUAGAAGGAGACACCGAAUUUAAAAAAAAUGUAAAAGUGAGUACUUUUAAAAACUGAAAUCUGAGUAAGUUCUGUAAUUUUGCUGUAUCAAUGUCAAUUUCCUGGUUCUAAUUAUUUCCUCAUUAAACUAUGGUUAGGUAAGAUGUUACCAUUGGGGGAAGCUGGGUGGAGGAGACACAGACACUUUCCAUCCUUUUUAGCAACACCUGUGUGAGUCUAAGUUCUUUCAAAAUAAAACGUUUACAAAAAAUGUUAAAAAAAAUUCCCCGAGAUGGAGAAUGUCAGAUGCCCAAGGCUGUCCUUGAAAGGAAUGGCCUGAAUCCACCCAGGAUUAAGGUGAUACAUCUGCUGUCAGGCUUUUCUGUACCCCUAACUGAUCUCUAGCCUGACGUACGGUGGGGAGGGAGUGAGGUCAGAUACACAGCUGGUCUAGGGGAUUCACUUACAGUUCACUGAACUGCUUCUCCACACCAGGCUCCAUCCAGAAACAGGGCUGGACCAGAUAGCUUGUGCUUCAAUGUGGGGCCUGGGGCCAGGCAGCCAGGCGGACUCACGGCUCUCCACACUCGCGCUGUGUGGCUGGCAGUCCGCAGGCCGUGGGGUCCAGCUCGCCUGGUGAAGACCCCUCUUGUAGGUGAUGAAACUCUGGAGAAGCUUUUUGCCUUGGGGAGCCGCAGCUGGGAGGCGAGUGGUGGAGACUGACCCGGUUUACCGCAUGUAAAGGUCACCCUGCCCCACCCCACCUCACCCAUCCCCAUGAGAUGAGUGACACCGAAGGUCCUGCCACAAUCGCUGCGGUUGGCACCCAGGUGAAGCUGGGUGGCUGGAGCCGUCAAGGUGAGGGCAGCAAGUCUCUCUGUUUCCGCCAGCAUCAGGAGCUCCAGGCCUUCCUCAGCCUUCUGGAGCACAGUUUCCUCCAGGAAUUCCUCUCCAAAGAUCCCUGUUUCCAGGUCUCAGAUAAGUAUCUCCUGGCCAUGGUGCUGGUCUACUUCCGGCGUGCCAAUCUGAAGCUCAGCGAGUACACCUGCAGCAAUUUGUUCCUGGCACUGUACCUUGCAAAUGACAUGGAGGAGGACCUGGAGGACCCCAAAUGUGUGAUUUUUCCAUGGGCCCUGGGCAAAGAUUGGCGUCGUCGAGUGUCAGACUUCCUUUGUCAGAGGGACAAGCUGUGGGCACGGAUGGGCUUCAGGGCGGUUGUGAGCCGCCAGUCCUGCGAGGAGGUCAUGGCCAAGGAGCCGACCCACUGGGCCUGGACCCGGGAGAGGCGCCCCCACCAUGGCAGGGCUCAAAGGAGCUACCCAAAGGCCCAGGUCCCCCUCCCCCGGGGCCCUGGCCUCUCACCACCCCACUGUCCCCUCUGCAGCUUGCCCCCUCGCCGCAGCUACUGCUGCCACCACCCCCGCCCCUUGCCUGUCGUAUCCAAGUGCCCUUCCCAAAACCCUGAGGGGCACUGCCCUCCCUCCCAAGCUAGUCUCUCAGUGGCUGAAGACCCCUGGGGUGGGGGCUUCCUCAUUGUCCUGCGCCACCAGCUGCAACUGGAGCCAGGCACCUACACCUUUCACAGUGAGUUGGGGAUAGGAGCUGGGGGAAGCUGGGAGGCAGGUGUGGGGCCCAACAGAAUGGGAAGGAGGGGCAUGGGGCCUGGGGUCCAGCAGGCCUGGGCACGUGUCCCAGCUCUGCCACCUGCUAGCCACGUGAGCCUGGCAAGCUUCCACUGAGCAUCUCUCUGUCCUUCUCCCCCAGUCCUCUCAAAGCCACAGCCGUGCCCUCGGCGCUGACGCUCGCAGGGUGAACAGCCCAUCCGCUUGCUGCUGACCCAGCUCUCUACUGCCUGUGGUCCCCUGGCCUCUUGUCUUCUUGGCCUCAGACUGGCAGUGCUGCCCAUGCCCCCUGCCCCCUCCUCCCAACCUGCAACUUGUACCCACUCUGACUUGGCUCCUCUAAUAAACUCAUGUCCAUAGGACACCCACUGUGCUUAGGGCCUAGUCUGGGUCCUUGACCCAGGGUGGGGCUAGGGAGGGAGUUGUGGGGAGAGGGGGUCUGCCAGGUUCAGGUACCAGCGGUUGACACCUGUGAGCACAGGCCCUGUAAUAGCCCUUCCCCUUCCCACUGGUGACCAGUCAUCCUGAGCAUCAGUUUCCCCUCUAUAACAUCAACUAUGGAUGAUGAGAUCCACACAGUGAAGAUGGAACACAGUGAGAUGAGGUACAUGCAGUCCUUAGAAGAGGGCCUGGAGCCGACUGGACCACAAAAGCUCAAAAGGAAAAUGGCUCUAUAGUCAGCCUAGAAAUGCCUGCAGGGCCAGGUCUAUGCAAUCAAACAUAAUGUAAUAUUAUAAUACAACCCUCCCCCCUGAAAAAAAAAAGUAAAUUUGUUAAUUAAGGAGCAGGGAAGACUCCCCAGAGGACCUGGCAUUUGAACUGGUUCUGAACAAUAUCAAGUUUGCCCAUGCUGGGGUGGGAAGAGGUUACUCUUAGAAAGACAGUCUAGAGGAGUGAUUAAGACUUGGUCUCUGGUGCCAGACAGCUUAAGUCCCUGGUUGCUGUGUGACCUUAGCAUGUUAUUGAAUCUCCUCUACUGCCUCAUCUGUAAAAUGGGUAUUACAUUAAAACAGGGUGUUCUCAAAUUUGAAAGAGUUAAUCCUAGAAGGGUUCAGAACUAUGUUUUAAGAACAGAGCUCGAAUGUGGAUGUUAUUAGGAGAGGGAACUGCUGCACAGAGAAAGGCUAGAGGGGAGGGUAUGUUUGGGGUGUGGCUGGAACAGAAGAUGGAGAAAAGUCUAAAGGGUCAGAAGGCAGAGGAAUCUGGAUGCCAUUCCCAAGCAUGGAGGUAAUGCUUGGAGACUGUGGACAUUAGAAGCCAAGACAAAGUACUGCAAAGUAUUUCUUAACAGUUUUUCAAAUAAGUAAUAUAUUCACAUGUAUGUUUUGAAUUUUGAACCAAGAGUCAUCUCCUACCCUUGGAAACAAUGAAAGUAAUAAUUUAUGUCCUUCCAGAGAAAGACUCUAAAUAUGCAUAACCGAAUGUGGUGUAAUAAAAUAUAUAUUUGGUCAUUGUCCCAGGUUCUCGGCACAGAGCUCCUAAAAUCCUCUGAAUGUAUAGGAGUGCCUUUUGUCAUUCCUAAAUGUGCUUUGGAUCACACCUGAGUUUAUGCUAAUGAGGUUACUCAGGGUGGGGGCUAGUCACCAGAAAAAGUGAUCCAGAGGGUAGAAACUUUCAGCCUCCUCACCAUCUCCAGGAGAGGCGGGGCACUGGAGAUUUGGAGUCUUUUAGGGAGGGUGGCUCACCUGGAGAGGGCAGAAGCUCUGCACCCCUCCCCCACACGGAUCUCUUCUAUUUGGCUACCCUAUGAAUCUCUUGCCCUAUGAAUCUCUUCUAUUUGAAUGCUCCUGAGUUGUAACCUUUUUAAUAAACUGGUAACAGCCAGUAAAGCACUUUCCUGAGUUCUGAGUCUUCUACUGAAUUAUCAAACCUGAGAAACUAUUUGGUACCUGGGAAAAAAACACACACUUGGUAUAAGAGGUGGUGUCAGAAAAAAGACACCACACCAAAAUUGCAUAUAUGUCUCACCCCGUCCACCUUUUUAAAAAAUCCAGUGGAAGAAUUCCAUACAUCCUAUUGUGUAAUUAAUGUAUUUUGAAGAUGGUUCCUCGUUCACACAUUCCUUUUGACAGCUAUAUAGUAUUCCUCUAUAUAAAGGUACUAUAAUGUAUCUUGUUUCAUAUUGAUUGAUAUUUAAGCUGUUUCCAGACUUCUGCUAUUCCAGACAGUGAAUGAACUUUGCCAAAUGUCCCUAUAAUCGGGCUAUCCCUGUACAGCCCCUCAAUCUCUAGCCAUGUAUGUGUUUUCCAGAAAACUCACCAGUGAGGUACCAGAUUUUUUGUUUGCUAAAGUAGAAAAUGGUGUCUUAGUGAAGGUUUAAUUUGUGUUUCUUCUUCUUCUGAGUGAGCUCAAGCAUUGCUGCAUAUAUUCCAGAGCUGUUAGUCUUCUUUUCUGUGAAUUGUCUUUGUCUUUACCCAUUUCUCCACUGUUUUUGGUACCUGACUCACAUAUAAGGAA